CUACUGCCUUGUGCCCUCACGCUUCAGAACUUCAAAGUGAAACAACACCACAUCCGGCCGACUCGAUCAUCACGAUGGCCGAGAAUUUCAAUCUUGACUUAGUCUACCGCUAUGGAGUAGCAGAUGAUGACGUGGACUCGCUCUUCGGCGGCGGCGAUGAGAUCGAUCCGGCUUCUCUCUUUACUGAAGCCGGCGCCAUCGAGCCGCCGCCGAGGUCGUGCGGGCCCGAUUCUCCGCUUUCCCAACGUCUCGGCGCCUGCUCCUGCUCAGUCGACCCAGAAUGACGCGCCGGCGGUGCAACAGUCGGCGUUCCCGGGCUCACCUCGGGAGCCUCAACUGUCACUGCCCCAGCUCUCCCUGCCCGCGGUCCCUGAUCCUCUAGAUGCCUUUUUAUCGCUCCUAGAUGGACACACUUCAGGUGACUCUGUGGUUAGUACCCAGCAUUCUGUUUGUUCUGCUUCUGCCUCUGGGUCUGCAGCGAGAUCGCCUGAGGAGGACCCCGAUGAUGCGGCUCUGGAAGCCGAGCUCACAGACCUCUGGGAGGCCGCCACAAGCAGCGAACCGCCUGUUAAUGCUCAAGCAGAAGACCGAGACGGCGACACGAUCCGGAAUGAGAUGGAAAUCUCCCCGGCUGACAUGCCCGGCUUUCGCUACGCAAAGAGCCAGACCAACUCGUUCAUUCGCUUGCCUCGGCGAAUCGACCACGACUUGAAGUUGGCACAUGAACUUGGCUACUAUAUCACGCUCAAUCGCAAAACCAAGGUUGAGGUUCUCUACGGCCACCUUGAGCUGACUCUGGACGAGGGCAAGCGCCUCGGCCAGGACAUCAAAAAAAUUUUGCAGGAUUCCAAGCUCUUUCCGCUCGUCUCGGAACCCACAGGUACCGCAACCGCAACCAAAAAGGUGCUCAUCAAGAUCGCCUUGUACCUCCUCAUCUUCAAAGAUUGGGGCCGCAUCUGGUUCGGCGACAAGCGGAAUAACGCAGCCACUCGCAAAUAUCUCUGGCCCAGAGAUUCGUCAAUCCUCCUCGCCGGCUUUGUCAUGGUUCUUUACCGGAUGUACACCAAUACAAAGCAGAAGUACCUCGCCAUGAAACGCAUCCAGGCUGCGAUGAAGAACGCCGACUCCGGCGACCAGACUCCGCUGUCGCCGUCCUCGCCGGCUCCCUCCGCAGAGUCUCCCAAAUCCGCCCCGGGCGGGGCCGAGCCUACCGCUCAAGGCCAGUCAUUCUUCGCGGCGCUCGUCUCUGGCGCCGUCGCCGGCAAGAAGCGCAAGCUCAGCGAAGCCAUUCUCGGUCUCGACGAUCACCACGCCGACGCGGCGGAGGUGCCCGCCAAUGCCCGGCUCAAGUACCACGUCUACGUCAAGGACAAGGCCGACGGCGUCGACAUCGCGCCGCCCACCACCUACCGCCACACCGACUACAUGAUCGCGCACGGCGCCUUUUCCAGCAUCAAGGCCGCCUUCGAGGCCGCCGGCCAGGAUCCCGUCUAUGAGAUCAUGACCCCGUCCGGCAAGAGAAAGAUCCACAGCGAGGCCGACUGGGAUGCCGCAGUCCUGGCCAUCUACAACGCCAGGCGCGCCGGCGGCGUCGUGGAAGUGGAAAUCUUUGUCUGACCCCCACCUUCCACCCCUCCCACACACGUCUGUGAAGGUUGUGUAGGGAGCAGACAAUUUCGAGCAUACAUUAUACGGAUUGGUACUUGCCGGAAAGGAAUUGUUCUCAGCAGAAGGUACUUACGAAGGAUGACACUCGGGAAUUACGACAUGGGCGUUGGGAUGGCAUCCAAGGUACUGGACUAGGAGUCGGUGGCCGCAUUUGCUUUUCAUUGUAGAAGAUACCCGAGGGGAACGCGACAAUGUCGCUUAUGUUCACAGGAACCUUGACACAUGAAUGAUGAUGAAGAUUGCCAGUUUUCUCAAACAAAGCAUUAGUACACUUGUAUCAUGACCGUUGUGCUACUCACGAAACGUCUCGAUCCAGUGGAUGUCUAACGAAAAACAUAUGGGCGGUUAUCUGCUGUUGCUUGCUGGCGGAACACUCGCGUCACAGAUUG